AUGCCUAACAUGCCUAACCGAGCACUCGGGCCUUUUCCUACUCCUCAGGCCUAUCACCCAAUUAUUCAGGGGCUGAUAAACAUGAUUAAACGCAAUGACUGGGAGAGCAAAUUUGCGAAGGCAGUCUCUGAUGCCCACAAUACAGAUGUUGAAGACAUGACUACUAUAGUAACUUUGAACGACUACUACAAUUUUCUUCAUUACUUGGUGACGUGGAUACCCAGAGAGGAUGAAACAGGAUCUCUCGUUUACAAUAUGCUUUGCACGAUGUACUUUGUUCUCGAUCAGGAAUCUGUCAGACCGCUCCAGUCACCCAUUAAGCCAUCGUCGUAUCCACCAGAACCGUUGACGGAGCUAUCGCAAUGGAUAGUCUACUUUGCCUGUGCGAUGGGACAAUUUCUAAAUACACCUCAAUCACUUACUGAAGCAUCUAUGAAGACUUUUUAUAU